GUUUUAUGACCGCACGGCCUACUACGAGAACGGUGUCGGCGAUUCCGUAUUGUGUUCAGUUGUUUACUGUUCCUUGUGCGAGUAGGAGGCUGUGAUCUCAUAUUUGUUCACCUCUAUUUUCGCAUCAAAAAUUAUGAUAAUUUAAAAGAAAAAUGAUAGUAAAAUGGAGUCGGCUUUGUGAAGGUCUCGCAACGAAUUUUGCGAAAAUUGUCAAGAGGUGAUUCGCAAUGAAAGUAAUGGAUCCGGGUAUUGUGUGUUUCCAGCACUGUGGUCCAAAAAUUUUCUGUUUCUUGUUGCCGGAAACGUGCCCAGUAUGCGGAGCCGAUCUUUCGCAAACAAACUUUUCUCUCUUGCCCUUCAGAGUUCCGUACCCGUUCAUUCGAGCAUCACAGUAUCCUUGUUCUGUAAUUAUAAAACCAACAUCCGGUGAUUUUUUAAAUGAUUAUUACAAUUCGAUGGAUUUGCACAUCGGCGUUACGACCUCGACGGGGACCAUCGUAGAAUUCGACAAAAACGGCCUUAGGAGGCACCGGAGCGAGCAGUGGAACCAGUGCUUGCUCCUGGACCAAGUCCCAAGUUCCUGGACGGAACAUUGGGACAACACUUUGUUCCAAGUUUGUAAACAGAAAUGCUGGUCGUCCAAAGCCUACAGUGAAAAUAGACAUAAUUGCUACACGUUUGUGCUCACAUUUUUAAUGAAUUUGAAUUAUGGAAAUUUGAGCAAAGCGGCGAGCAAUAAGACGGCUUUUUGUGAAAAAUUUAUUGUGCCGCGAACAACUUCCGCGGGGAAGUACAUUUCGCUUUAUAGAAAACUAAAAGAGAGUGACUUUUACGUGCAUAGAACGCCACAUGGGGCGAAGGGUGCUAAAUAAUUGUAAAAGCAUUAUUUACGUUAGUAUAUUAUUUAAUACGGAUACAAUUUUCCUAGUUUGUUGUAUUUUGUUAUAAUAUAAUAAUAAAUUAUAAACAUCA